AUGCCAAAAGACGACAGUAUCGUCACCAAGGCUGGUCUUCAACAGGGCCAUAUCACUGCCGGAAUGCAGUCAACUCCGUCCACGACUCAACAGUCGCUAGAUCAGCUCAUCGUCAUCGGUGGCUCUAUUGGCUCUGCGGAGCCGCAACCCGUUCUUUGUAUGGUCUGGUGCUAUGCGGACAGGAUCCCAAGGUCCUAA